ACUGCUUCGGGCCUGUCGGAGGCACAAGCAGAGGUGAUACCGCUUGGUCGCCCCGGCUCCAGAGGAGUUUCCAGGUCCCUGGGUCAGCGAGCCGUAUAACCUUCCGGGUGGAAAUCUGCAACCCUUUACCCGCUUAUCAUUCUAGAAAGGGUCUUGGAGUGACAGAAGAUGAAAAGAAACCUGCCCAUGGCUGUAGAGCUGCCCCUAAAGCAAGACUAGAAGCGAAGCCAACCAGCAGCCCCUUCCCCGCCCAUCCCAGCCUGGCCCACAUCACCCCGUUCCGAAUGAUGGUGUCUCUGGGACAUUUAACCAAAGGAGCCAGCCUGGAUGACCUCAUUGACAGCUGCAUUCAGUCUUUUGAUGCAGAUGGAAACCUGUGUCGAAGUAACCAGCUGCUGCAAGUCAUGCUGACCAUGCACCGAAUUAUCAUCUCCUCUGCUGAGCUGCUCCAGAAAGUCAUCUCUCUCUAUAAAGAUGCCUUGGCAAAGAAUUCACCAGGGCUCUGCCUAAAGAUCUGCUAUUUUGUAAGGUAUUGGAUAACAGAAUUCUGGGUCAUGUUCAAAAUGGAUGCCAGCUUGACCAACACGAUGGAGGAGUUUCAGGAGCUGGUGAGAGCUAAUGGUGAGGAGUCACACUGCCGCCUAAUUGACACAACUCAAAUCAAUGCCCGUGACUGGUCUAGGAAGCUUACACAAAGGAUAAAGUCGAAUACCAGCAAGAAAAGGAAAGUCUCCCUACUCUUUGACCAUCUGGAACCAGAAGAGCUGUCUGAGCAUCUCACCUACCUUGAGUUCAAGUCCUUCCGGAGGAUAUCUUUCUCCGACUAUCAGAAUUACCUUGUGAACAGCUGCGUGAAGGAGAACCCCACCAUGGAGCGGUCCAUUGCCCUGUGCAAUGGCAUCUCCCAGUGGGUGCAACUGAUGGUUCUCAGCCGCCCCACCCCACAGCUCCGAGCAGAAGUCUUUAUCAAGUUCAUCCAGGUGGCUCAGAAGCUCCACCAACUACAGAACUUCAACACAUUGAUGGCCGUGAUAGGUGGGCUGUGUCACAGCUCAAUCUCCAGGCUCAAGGAGACGAGUUCACACGUCCCGCACGAAAUCAAUAAGGUCCUGGGUGAGAUGACUGAGCUGCUGUCCUCCUACAGAAACUAUGACAACUACCGGCGAGCCUACGGGGAGUGCACCCACUUCAAGAUCCCCAUCCUGGGGGUGCACCUCAAGGACCUCAUCUCCCUGUACGAAGCCAUGCCCGACUACCUGGACGACGGGAAGGUGAACGUCCACAAGUUGCUGGCCCUUUACAAUCACAUCAAUGAACUGGUCCAGCUGCAAGAGGUGGCCCCACCCUUGGAGGCCAACAAGGACUUGGUGCACCUGCUGACGUUAUCCCUGGAUCUCUACUACACUGAGGAUGAAAUCUACGAGCUUUCCUAUGCCCGGGAGCCAAGGAAUCACCGAGCCCCACCACUAACACCUUCAAAGCCACCAGUAGUAGUGGACUGGGCCUCAGGAGUAUCUCCCAAACCUGACCCAAAGACCAUAAGCAAGCAUGUCCAGAGGAUGGUGGACUCUGUCUUCAAGAACUAUGAUCACGACCAGGAUGGAUACAUUUCUCAGGAAGAGUUUGAAAAGAUUGCUGCAAGUUUUCCAUUUUCCUUCUGUGUGAUGGACAAAGACAGGGAGGGCCUCAUCAGCAGGGACGAGAUCACCGCCUACUUCAUGAGGGCCAGCUCUAUCUACUCCAAGCUGGGCCUGGGCUUUCCUCACAACUUCCAAGAGACCACCUACCUGAAGCCCACCUUCUGUGACAACUGUGCUGGAUUUCUCUGGGGAGUGAUCAAACAAGGAUAUCGAUGUAAAGACUGUGGGAUGAACUGCCACAAGCAAUGCAAAGACCUAGUUGUGUUUGAGUGCAAGAAGCGAGCCAAGAACCCAACAGCUGCCUCAGAGAGCAGCACCUCUGUGGGUCCAAUGUCCAACCUGUGCUCAGUGGGAGCCAAAGAUCUACUCCAUGGACCUGAGGAAGGACCUUUUACAUUUCCCAAUGGGGAGGCCGUGGAACACAGUGAAGAAAGUAAAGAUCGGACCAUCAUGCUGAUGGGUGUGUCCUCACAGAAGAUUUCUGUUCGAGUGAAGAGAACUGUUGCCCACAAGGCCACCCAGACCGAGCCACUGCCUUGGAUUGGCAGCGACAGUCCUUCUGGUCCUUUUGUGCUGUCCUCCCCAAGGAAGACAGCCCAGGAUACUCUUUACUUGCUUCCCAGUCCCACGUCUCCAUGCCCCAGCCCAGUCCUGGUAAGAAAGCGGGCUUUUGUCAAGUGGGAGAAUAAAGAAUCCCUCAUAAAGUCCAAGGAGGAGCUCCGUCAUCUCAGACUCCCAACCUUCCAAGAGCUCGAACAGGAAAUAAAUACUCUGAAAGCAGAUAACGAUGCCCUAAAGAUCCAACUGAAAUAUGCACAGAAGAAAAUAGAGUCCCUGCAGCUUGAAAGAAGCAAUUAUGUCUUAGCUCAGAUGGAGCAGGGUGACUGUUCUUAACCCAGAAAUUCAAGGAGCACAGUCCGUAGAAGGGUAUUUCGGGGAACUCAGGCUCCUAAACUGAUUAACACAAAGACCCAGGGGACCUUAGACUGGUCUGCUUUUAAAAGGGUGCUUUCAAAAGGGAAAGCCAGUUACUCUUUUGACCUAAAUGAUUCCUAAUGUGCAGCCUUGUUUUCUGUCAGCUGAAUCGGAGGAAAGCUGAAGAAUGCAAAACUUUCGCCAUUCACAGCACAAACUUUUUUUUUUUUUUCUCCUGGGAGUAACACCAAGAGUGCUGAAAACAUGACUCUAGUUUCCUGACAAAGUAACUUCUCCUUCCAUGGCCUGCCUGGCUGCUGCUUCUUUAGAACUAAAAUCACUGGGAAACGAAUUUCCUUCCUUCCUGGUUUUUCUGGAAACUGAGAGAUUUACUUUGUUCCAUCCAGUCAAAGCUUGCUUAUGGAAAAAUACCCAAAUUCCGAAAGUAGAUUUACUGCCUCUAUAUCCCAGCAUUCUUUUAUCAAUCUGGUCCCUGCUUCACUACCUCAGGUCUAGCCUCUGCCCCUCUUCCCUCCACCACACUCACCCAUACAUGAGGAUCGUUACCUUGACCUUAUAGAGACGUAGCCACAACUUUUUUAGGGGCCUAUUAAAGAACAUGACAUUUUCCAGCUGGAGGUCAUAGUUUCUUCAGUCUUAUAAGCAUCAUAAGUAACCAGAUUAAGUACCUGGAAAGACAGCUAUCAUCAUCACAUACAUAACUAGCUAACUAGCUAAAAUACAUGUAAACAUGACCUUUGUCCUAUGUAUUCUACAGUACAUAGAAUUAGGAACUUAUGGCUUGUUUUUUUCCAAACAGUCUGUGAAGAGUCUAUGUAACUCUUUCAUGUUCCAUCUUUAUCUUCUUUUGAAGUAUACUAUUUGUAAAUUUUUCCUUUCGAAAUGAAUUUGUGCUUAAAACUGUUUUCAUUAUUAAUUAUGCUUUAGAAAUAAGCUAACUGAAUCAGUGGCUUCAAUAACAGCUGACAGCUUGUACAUAUGUACACAGUAUAUAUAGACAGUAUCAGCAUGACUACAGUAUCAGGCAUGUGGCUUGGAAUUUUUUUCCUUCUUUAUAAAAUGUGGAAGUGAAUUAAGUAACUUUUAGUCGUUUACACAAACUCACAAAUAUCAAGUUCAGUUUGCUACAAGAUAGAGAAAUUUCUCACAAUGUAGAUUGUAUUAAGCUGGACAAAAUCACAAAGUAACAGUCCUGUGAACUUUCUAUUAACCAAGAUUAAAUGAUAAAUGGGCUCAUUUAGUCGUCUGGGCAACUUCACAAACUCCCUUGUCGGCCUCUUUUUAUUUCUCAAAAAUUCAUAUUUUGCGGGGAGCGGUGCUUUCCAUGCUCAGAAAGCCUAGUAGUACUAGGCUGACUUGAAAUUCUUACACUAGCUGACUAACUGCCAAGAAUAUAACCUUAACAAUUAAUAAGUUUCAAACCUAAAGCCCACAGUGCCAAAUCUUAAUCAGAGUACAAAGUAUACAUACAGUGUUUCUUACUUGGAGGAUUCAGACCACUUGUGAAGUUCCUUUGAUCAAAGACCAGUCUCCAUUUGCACACCAUCUUGUACAGUAUACUGUAGUUAGUUUUAGUGACAUAAAACUAGCUUUUAGUUUUAAAUAUUUCUUUCAAAUGUUUCAUUAAAUUUUAAAGAAUCACUUAAACACAAAUUUACUGUUUUCUGAAUCUAAACUCCAAAAUCCCCAAAGCAGGGCCGCUUCGGUCCACCACCCGGUGUAAGUUCACAGAAACACUCUGCUACCUACUUUAUGUGAAAAAUGGAAAGGCUUUGGCUUUUGUUCAUUGCUAUCAUUAUAGGGUAAGAAAGAAAACAAUUCUGAGUUUAUGACAAUCUUUAAAAUUCAUAUUCUUCACUAUUAUUGUUUUCUUCUGAUACAAACCAAAGAAGGUACAGCUCAAUUUCUUUAAAUAUAGUCAUGUAACCCAAUUAAAAAGUCUUCAUUCUUCGUACCCUCCAUCUAAAAUAUAAACCCCAGGUUAGUUUUUAUGUGUAACCUAUAGGAAUUCAAAAGCUCACACUCUCCUUAACUACUCAAAUUUGCAUGGUUAGAGGGGCUCCAGCAUCCCAGAAUUUAUCCACGAAAUGGACAGGAGGCAGUAAUCUCAUCACAGGCUUUUACAGUCUAGUGAGUGGCCAGAGACGUCUAGUGUGUGAAUUUAUGCUGUCUGAACCGAGCUAUAUGGGGUUAGUGGAAUCUACAGAAAUAAUCGGAAACAAGUUUUUGGGUGAGCCAUCCGGGAUGCAAAUUUUUGCAUCUCACGUUGUUGUUGCUGUAUACUGUCAAGUGGAUUCUGACUCAUAGAGACUCCAUGUAACAGAAUAGACUACCCAACAGGGUCAUCUCAUACUGACUUGAAGUCAGUUUUGGCAAGUAUCUAUCUCGUAAAACAAAGGCUAAUCUUAUUUUAUUAAAGCAAUGUCACUUCUCAUUUUCUCUGGUAAUUGAUUCACCUUUUUACCAUUUGUGAAUUUCUGUCUAAAGAUGUAUAAUGUAAAAGAACUGCAGAAAAAAACUAAUGUACAGAUUGUAAAGGUUUUUUUGAUACCUAAUGUAAGUUUUCUGUGUAAUAUUUAUGAUAAAAGAUAUUAGGAUCCCUACAACACAGAUCUCUUGUCUUCCUUCCAGUUCAUGAAUAUGAAGAAACUUCACCUGAAUUUCCACAAUAACCUAGAGCUGACACCGUCCCCCUAUUCUGUUAACCAAACCACGUUUUCCUGGAAGGAAAAGCAAAGCAACUCGAUUAUUCAAUUUCAGUCCUUCUAAAUCUUUUAUAACAGGAAGUAGCAUCAGAGAAAUAUUUAACCUCUUCCCACCCUAUUUGUAUAAUGACUUACAGCAAUCUCCAAAUAGUAAAUAUUAAGUCUUUCAACAUUUAACAUAAAAGGAGACACACUGGAAGUUGUCACUUCUCUGUGGCUUUCAGCUUUAAUUCUACAGUUUCAUCUAAGCAAACUAGCAAGUAAAGAAGAAAAAUUUUGAAACUAUGGAUGAAACUGGUAAAAACCCAUUGCUGUCUGAGUUGAUUCCGACUCACAGCAACCCUAGGCAACCCUACGGGACAGAGAAGAACUGCCCCAUAGGGUUACAAAGGAACAGCUAGUGGAUUCAAACUGUUAACGCUUUGGUUAGCUGAUGGGCUGUUAACCAGUGCACCACCAGGGCUCUUCAUUAGCUCUAAACAAAUAAAAAAAGUUGACAAAUAACCAAAAAUUUUUAUGUUUUCCUAUUCUGAAUACAUUUCUUUGAAGGAUUAGUUUAAAAUACACAUCCAAGACCGCAGUAUACACAAUAUUCACUUUUAAAGUUUCAACAUUAUUUUUGAUUUCACCACAGGGUUUACUGUAUUAAUAAAACAACUGUCAGACAUGAAAUACCAUUUGUCCAGUGGUAACAAUACAGCUUUCUAUCUGCUGAACUGGCUAGAUCAUAGAAAGGUGUUAUGCGUAGGUGUUAGCCAGAAGCCUACUCUGAGAUACUGAUUUUAUAGCAGGACUGAAAAAAACUGCGUGGCUAGCUCUUUUUUUCUCUAACUCUAUACUACAAGUAAAGAUGCAUUAUCUGACCCACCUCCUAAACCAUUCAACACAGGCCCUCUUACAGUUCUCAACAAGUUGCAUUUGUACUUAGGUAUUUAUUAAACCACCUGAGAGGGGGCAAGUGUCUCAUUCCUCAUUUGACAAAUGAGACCAAAUAAAUCCUUGAGAGCUGGAAGUCAUUUCAGCCCUAGAUCCCAGGGCUAGUGCCAUGAUUUGAAUUCACAACUCCUGAUCCCUGAGCCUUUGACUGCUCAACUACCAAACCACAGACUGACAUUCCCUAGCCCCAGAGUCUCCCAAAUCUAGCUGUGAAUCACAAUUACCGCCACGGGAUGCCCCACUGAGGCUGUGAAUCACAGCCUUAACCCUGUGUCAUACAGCUCAGGCUGCCUUUUAAUAUUCAGAUGGCUAACGUGAGGACAGGAAUGACGAAGAAACCAGUUUAUAGGAUUUUUCACACCAUCAUGUAAAAGUGGCAUAUGUCACUGUUUCUUCAGAGUAAGUCUCACCUCAAUCUUUAACUCUGCUUUGUCAAACAAAAUCACACAGAUUUUUAAGUCCAAGUGGAAAAUAAACAUGCACUGCAAAAAGUAGACUUGGGCUUCAAUUAAUGAAACUUUAACAGAAGCCUGGGCAAAGGGAUUUCUUCCUCUAAAAGAAAAACAAUUCAAGAUAGAGGUUUCCCCUGCUAUCCAAAACUAGAGCGUUCCUAUGAAAAACUUUCAUUAAGCCAAAAUGGUGUAAAGCAAAGAAGCAAUUACCUUUAUAUGAGAAACAUUUU